UCUUUCUUCUUCCCCUCGCACUUGACCAAAGAAAAAGAAAAGAAAAAAAAACCCACACUAUCUCUCUUCAUCCUCUCACCUCGCACGCUCAAAUAUCUCUCCCUCUAUUUUUUUUUUCCCACCAAGAAUCGAUUGUUUUCCCCACCGCCUCACGUCUUUUAUAGAUACGUGGCCUCCUCUCUCCCUUUCCGUUAUUCUAUCGAUCUUUUUCUGAAUUUCGUUUCAUUUUCCUAUUGCUGGGAGAAGCAAGAAACGAAGGGAGGGAGACAAGAUCCGGCUGUCAGGGGUGCGCAGGGUCUCUGAAUUCACGACUUUUUUGAUCUUUGAUGGCGGCAUUGCUGGCUUCAAAUAGCUCCCGCCAUCAUUGCUUUGAGCAUUUAGAUCAAAGACGACUAAUAUAUGAUUUUGGUUUCUCUGGGUCCAUCUCCAACCUGAAAUUCUCGAAGUUGGAAACAUUGGCAAACAAUUCCACAACAACGAAGAGGCAUCCUAGGUUUCUAGUGGAAGUGCGUCGGACAGAAGCUGAUAGGUAUGGCACUAAUGGACGGGCUACCAAAAUGGUCCCAACAAAGGAAUUGAUGAAAAGCAAGGGCACUUCCCAUCAAAAGCCAGAGUCAGUGAACAAGUCAAAGGUGCUUGUUAAUGGAGUGAGUCUGGUUAAAAGGGAUAGUACUUCUGCUUUUGUUAAAACACAGAAAAGGGCAGCUUUCAAGGAGAUUCCUUUCACGGAUGAGUUAAAAGUUCUGCCUUCAGAUGAAGGUUUCAGCUGGGCCAAGGACAAUUACAAUACAUGGCAAAGGACUAUAGACAUCUGGACCUUUGUUCUUUCUUUACGCCUGCGGGUUCUCUUUGACAAUGCAAAAUGGGCAUAUCCUGACCGAUUUACAGAGGAGAAGCAGAGAAUCAGAAGGAAGAAAACUGCUUCAUGGUUGAGAGAACAAGUUUUACAACUUGGGCCAACUUUCAUCAAAUUGGGCCAGUUAUCUUCCACGAGAUCUGAUUUAUUCCCCAGAGAGUUUGUAGAUGAGCUUGCCAAGUUGCAGGAUCGGGUGCCUGCAUUCUCACCUGAAAAAGCAAGAGCUUUCAUACAAAAUGAGUUGGGUUCUCCAGUUGAUGUAUUGUUCAAGGAGUUUGAAGAUCGACCCAUAGCUGCAGCUAGUCUUGGUCAGGUACAUCGAGCGGUCCUGCAUAAUGGUGAGAAAGUUGUUGUGAAAGUUCAGAGGCCAGGUCUCAAGAAACUUUUUGAUAUUGAUUUAAGAAAUUUGAAAUUAGUCGCUGAAUAUUUUCAGAGAAGCGAGACAUUUGGAGGUCCUACAAGGGAUUGGAUAGGUAUCUAUGACGAAUGCUCCAAGAUUCUGUAUCAAGAAAUUGAUUAUAUAAAUGAAGGAAAAAAUGCUGAUAGAUUUCGUCGAGAAUUCAGAAAUAUUAAGUGGGUUCGUGUACCUCUCAUCUUUUGGGAUUAUACAUCUACUAAAGUCCUCACCUUGGAGUAUGUUCCAGGCAUAAAAGUAAAUAGUUUGGAUCAGAUAGAUGCAAAGGGUAUCAGUCGUUCACUGAUUGCUCAACAUGCAAUUGAAUCAUACUUGAUUCAGAUACUGAAGAUUGGCUACUUUCAUGCUGAUCCCCAUCCAGGCAAUCUUGCUGUUGACAUGGAUGGGUCACUCAUCUACUAUGACUUUGGAAUGAUGGGAGAUAUAAAAUCUUUUACUCGAGAGAGAUUACUUGAACUGUUCUAUGCAAUCUAUGAGAAGGAUGCAAACAAGGUAAUGAGGUGUCUCAUUGAUCUCGAAGCUCUACAACCAACAGGAGACUUGUCACCGGUGAGGAGGUCUAUACAAUUUUUCUUGGAUAAUCUUUUGAGUCAGACACCUGAUCAGCAACAGACUUUUUCUGCAAUUGGUGAGGAUUUGUUUGCAAUAGCAACAGAUCAACCAUUCCGUUUUCCAUCCACCUUUACCUUUGUCUUAAGGGCAUUCUCAACUCUUGAAGGUAUUGGGUACACCUUAGAUCCAGAAUUUUCUUUUGCGAAGAUUGCUGCACCAUAUGCACAGGAAUUACUAGACAUAAGACAGAAACGACGUGGUGGAGCAGAAUUUGUCGGGGAGAUACAAAAACAAGCUAAUGAUGCUAGAGAUUACACUAUCUCAAUGCCGUACAGAAUCCAGCGAAUAGAAGAGUUUGUUAAACAACUUGAGUCGGGGGAUUUAAAACUUCGUGUCAGAGUACUUGAGUCUGAGAGAGCUGCGAGGAAAGCCUCAAUACUGCAGAUGGCUACUAUGUAUGCUGCUAUUAGUGGAACCUUGUUGAAUGUUGGGGUGACGUUAAGCAGCCAAGGAAACCAACCUAUUGCAAAUGCAUCUUUCGUUGCUGCUGGUAUUUUCUUGACAUUAGUGAUCAGAUACAUGCAAAGAGUGGAAAAGCUCGACAAAUUUGAAAAGAUGAUUUAAUAGCCACUCAGGUGUCGUAUAUAUAUAUCUUUUAUUUGGAUUUAAUUGUUACAAGUUAAAACUUCAUCACAAUACCGUCCCAUAUCUUGUAUAUGAAUCUAGGAGCACAUUAUAAUCAUCCAUUGCAGGCUUGUGGGUAACAUGAGAUGCAGGCGGGGAAGAAUUCAUCCAUGCUUCCCGGUCAAGAAGAAAUUUGAGAUGAUUGUUGUAUCUUAAUGCAAUCUGCCUCAUUUUGCUCAUGAAGUUGGGCUUCAAAUACACGCUUUCCCCAUUCAAUGAAAGAUGAUAUGUUCAUCA